GUCACUCACGUGACCUAAUUGAUUGGGCGAUGGAGGAAGAGGCGAGUCAACUAGAUCAUCAAAGCAGCUUAGACAGAAAAAUGACGUCAAUGAAAAGACUAGCCACGACAGCAUUUUCUAGAGCGCGACAAUUUACAGAAGAGAAGUUGGGCCAAGUCGAAAAAACGACAUACGACGCACAAUUUGAAAACAUGGUGGUACGUGCUGAAACGACAAAGCAGUGGACAGAGAGAAUCAUCAAAGACAUUGAGCGCACGUUGGAACCAAAUCCGAAUAUUCGUUUGGAAGGAUUUUUGUAUCAAAAGUUUGACCGUAAGAGACCAAGCAGGAUGAUUCCAGUGGAAGAGUUAGGCGAUACAAUGAUCAAUGCAGGAGCAAACAUCGGUCCUACAACAUUAUAUGGUGGCUAUUUACAAAUUUGUGGAGAAGUCCAACAGAGACUCGGUAUGGCUCAUCGUGAAUUCAUGACGACGGUCGUUGAGAAGGUCUUGAGUCCACUGAAGAAGUUUCUCAGUGAGGAUAUCAAAACAAUACAAAAGGAACGUCAGAGAUUGGCAGUCAAGAGGUUGGACCUGGACGUUUGUAAAAACCGAGGAAAACGAGCGUCGACUUUUGAGAAGCAGCAGCUUGCAGAGGCACAGCUGAGGGCCGCACAGGGUGAAUUUGACAGUCAGUACGAAAUGACGAAGCUAUUGUUGGAACGGCUACCAGACAUUCAGGCUUCUCAUCGUAAACUACUACAGGAAUUUGUUGCAGCUCAAAAACAGUACUACUGCACAUGCACAGAUCUUAUGACAAACGUGGCUUUAUCUACAAGAGAAACUGAGAAACCAUCAGUCCCAAGCAAUCGACCACGUCGAGCAAGGGUUUUGUAUGACUAUGAUGCAGCUGAUGAAGAAGAGCUAUCACUACUAGCUGACGAGAUUGUGACAGUCUUGCCAGUGGAGUGUGACAAAGACUGGGUUGUUGCCAAGAAAGACGGACAGACAGGCAGAGUACCAGUCAGCUACCUCGAGUAUCUUUCAUAAUCAAUGACGUCAUACUAGAUAUUGUGUGGUAUGGAAGCGACAUUUGUGUCUAAUAGAUUACCAAAUGGCAGACUAUAAUGCCCUGUACUUAGUACUGUGCUGUAGAGGCCAGUGCGCGAAUUGUUUUGAUGAGAUGGAUAAUUGUUGAGUAUUAUGGCGCUUAGGGAAGCAUAAACAUGCAUAUUCAUGUCAAUACGACGUCGUUUUAGUAUAGAAUUACGGCGUAUCUCUUCAAACAAGUCAUCCGGUUUCUCUGUGUUCCCAACAUUUCUAGCCCGCUGU